AUGAACACUUCCACUCAAGGGCUAGUGGUAGAUGGUGGUGGGGGGAACAAGGAAGGAAUCGUCGGCAUGUUAGGCAGAGAAGUGGCUGGCAAAGGUGGCAGAGUCGCCUUUGGGAGAGUAGGCAUGGUGGGCAGAACUGGUUUUGGCAAAGAUGGGAUUUGUGUGGUUGGCUUUGGGAGAGUCGGCGUAGAAGGCAGAGGAGGCAAUGCGGUUUUGGGUAGUGUUGGCAUGGCGGGCAGAGGAGGCGAUGCGACUUUGGGUAGUGUUGGCAUGGCAGGCAGAGGAGGCGAUGCAAUCUUGGGUAGUGUUGGAGUAGAAGGCAAAGGAGGCAAUGCGGUUUUAGGUAGUGUUGGCAUAGGAGGCAAUGCGGUUUUGGGUAGUGUUGGCGUAGCAGGCAGAGGAGGCAAUGUGACCUUAGGCAGGGACGGAAUUGCAGGCAAAGGAGGAGAAGCCUGGAGAAGUUGA